GCACGUUCGCCGCUCGAAGACUAGGAAAAUAAGUGGAUCUUCCAAAGGCAUAGAUUUGCAGAAAUCCGAAUUAAAAUGGGCGAAACGGAGGCAGUGAACGGUGUAGACGACGCUACCGACAAGAAACAGAAGAAAUCAUCGAAGCAUGAUAGCGGCGCGGCGGACCUGGAACGAGUAACAGAUUAUGCCGAGGAGAAAGAAAUAACAUCCCACAACCUUUAUUCUAAUGCGGCAAAUCUUUUCGAAGACAAAAGGAGUAAGGAAAAUGAAGAAAAACUCGCCAAAGAACGAGAACUGCAGAAGGUACAAGUGAAAAAGGAGGAUAUUGAGCUUAUCGUUCGCGAAAUGGAAAUCACACGCAGUAAGGCAGAACAAACGCUAAGAGUGCAUCGAGGCGAUGUUGUAGCUGCCUUAGAAGCUCUUACUAACUGACGGUGCAACUGGGCCCCUUUAAAUUUUAUCUCCAAUCGUUCAAUGUUUUGCAGAUGAAUGUAUGAGCCAAGUAAGUCCUAGGCAUUGAAAUAAACACAGCCAAAAUGCAGGUUGGAUUUUCUAGGAACGGAA